GGUCGGUCUCGGCCAGUCAGUCUGUGUUGGUCGUUUCGUUAGGUUCAUGUCACUUUUUCCGCGUGCGGUGUAGUUCGAGCGUUGGCUCUCAGUUUGCCAGCUUUCUAGGGACUGUUUCGAAGUGAAUUGAUGCCGUGAAAUGAGCGCUUCGACGCCCUUUCGCCCGUCUGCAUCCUGAAGUGAUAUCUGUACGCCGCGGAGCAAAACUUGCUCGUUUAAAGUUGCAGAGGCAGCGACAGGCUGUCAAAGUGGUGCUUUUUUUCCGACCGGGUUUUGACUAGUGCGAUGCAGUCUCUCGCGGAAGUGUGUGAAAAAUUGUGACCUGUUGGAUAAUUCUUUGUGCGCUACUAUUGGAUAUUUAAAGCCGCAUCCCUUGCAGACGAAGGGCCGACCAUUGCUUCCAACGGCUGCUGGGAGCAACGACUGACGUGGUAGGUGGUGGCAGUAAAUGGACAAGCGGCAGCGACCGAGCUAGUUUAUUGCGUUGACCGACCGAGCAGACACCCACCAUGGCAGACACGAGCCAGGCCGAGCAGCCCCCGCAGACCAAUGGCUUCGCCAACGACGGGCUGGACGAGGAGGACCGCGAGAAGAUGCGCCCCGCCGACAUCGACGCCGACGUGCGGGAGAUGGAGAGGCGGAAACGCGUCGAGAUGAUCAUGAACAGCCGCCUCUUCCGCGAGGAGCUGGAGCGCAUCUUCGAGAGCCAGAUGAAGGACGGCGGCGCCGGACCGGGCGGGCUGCUGCAGCAGCUCUCCGACAUGAUGGGCCACGGCGGCCCGCGCUUCCAGACCUCCAACAUGUUCAGAAGUUCAAAUUGCGUCAUUCCCAUCAACGACAUCCGGGGGCUGGAGUCGAUGGGGUACUCGAAGGGGGAGAAGGUGCUGCGGUGCAAGUUGGCUGCCGUCUACAGACUCAUGGACCUCUAUGGCUGGACUCAAGGAAUCCACAACCACAUUACUGCCAGGUUAAACCAAGAUGAGGAACACUUUUUGGUGAACCCCUGGGGCAUGUUAUACCAUGAAAUCACUGCCAGCAGUUUGGCCAAAGUUGACAUGCAGGGCAAUAUUGUAGAAAAAGGAACGACCAACUAUGGUGUCAACAGGGAUAGCUUUCAGCUUCACUCUGCUAUUCAUGCUGCCCGUCCUGACAUUAAAUGUAUCAUUCACAUUCACACAAAUUCUGUUCUUGCUGUGUCAUCGCUCAAAUGUGGCCUCAUUCCCCUUUGCCAAGAAUCCUGUGUGAUAGGUGAAGUGAGUUCACACCAAUAUCAAGGAGGUCUGUUUGAACCAGAAGAGCGGGAUAAGAUCUCACGAAAUCUUGGUCCCAAUAACAAGGUAAUGUUCCUGACAAAUCAUGGUGCUAUGUGCUGUGGAGAAACAGUUGAGGAGGCGUUCUUCAAUGUCUACAAUACUGUCCAAGCUUGCGAAUCACAGAUCAAGCUAAUGCCAAUGGGCAUUGAUAACUUGGUCCUCCUGACUGAUGAGACGAGAAAACGUGUCUAUGACGCUGCACGACGCCCUCCUGAAGGCUUUGCACUCGACAAAGCUGACAAGGAAAAAGACAAGGAGGUCACAUCUCCUACCAUUGCUGUCAAAGGCAAGCGAUGGGGUGUUGGAUGCACGGAGUUUGAAGCUCUUAUGCGCAUGCUUGACAACGCUGGUUUCCGAACAGGGUACAUCUACAGGCAUCCUCUUGUCAAGGGAGAUCCACCAAGGCCACGAAAUGAUGUAGAAGUUCCCCCGGCUGUCUCUUCUCUGGGUUAUCUCCUUGAGGAGGAGGAAAUGUACCGACAAGGUGGAUGGAAGAAGUGGAUGGAGGGCCGCAAAACGCACGACCGCACCCGAUGGCUCAACUCUCCAAAUGUUUACCAGAAAGUGGAAAUUCUUGAAACUGGCACACCUGAUCCCAAGAAAAUUACUAAGUGGGUGGACGCAAAUGCCGAUGAGUGGGUCGCGGAUGGAUCGCCUACACAUAGCAGUACGCCUGUCAAGAUCGACACACUGCAGUUUGUUCCCAAAAAUACCAAUCCUAAGGAAUUUAAACGACUUCAACAGCAGAUCAAGGAAAAUCGACGGGCAGAUAAAAUCACAUCUGGUCCUCAGUCUCACAUACUUGAAGGAGUUUCAUGGGAAGAAGCCAAGAAAUUGCAGGAUGCCAAUAUUUCUCAGACUGGUGAUCAAGUAAUAUUGGUUGGAGCAGCGUCCAAGGGUAUAAUUCAGCGAGGCUUCCAACACAAUGCAAUGGUCUACAAGGCACCAUAUGCUAAGAAUCCGUUCGACACAGUUACCGAUGAUGAGCUGGAGGAGUACAAAAAAACAGUUACAAGGAAAGUCAGAGGAGAUGGAUAUGAUGAGGAUCAAUCAGAGUCUGAGGCUCUAUCCUCGUCAGCGGCAGGCCGCCCUCCCACUGGUAAAUCCCCAAUUAGUGAUGACGAAAGCAGAGACGAAUGUCGCGUGUUACGGAUAGAAUCUAAACAAGCACCACGUCCAAUCCAUGCAGAAGUUGUCCUCAGUGAUGACUCUGAUUACCCGGAUGCUCAUGUGGAACGAUCCAAAUCAGCACGCUUCCCACUGAAAGCGACUCCGGACCUUGUAGUUGCACCUGGAGGCUUUGGCCGCUCCUGGUCUCUUGGACGAAAUAAACGACAGAGCAAAGAUUGUAGCAGUAAGAGAGAGAUGAGUAGUGCCCUCCAGAAAACCCCUGCUGCACUUCCCCGCCCUCCUCACUUUCACCAUGCAGUCUAUGCAUCUCUCCCUUGUCAUCAGUCGCCCCCAAAGACUGUGUCAUGCUCAAUCACUCGGUUCAGCAAGGUCAAUGCACAAGUUUGCCGAAAAGAGGAGGUGACAGAUACUGUACUUUUAAUUAAUUACCCCAAGUCCCAAGUUCUUCACCAAGAUAUCUUAACUGAAAAUGUCAAUGGAGAAGAAGAUGGAGAUAGUCUGGCUGAUGUGAUAUCCUUACCUUCAUCAGAUUUUGGAUACUUAGAUGAGAACCACAAUGAAACAAUUGACCACUCUGAUGUUGAAGUGAUCAAAGUGCAAUUAAAGAGUCUUGGAGAAGUUCAAAACUCUACAAUUAUGUCGAUCAAUGACAACAAUAUGUUGACAUCUGAUCAAGUUUGGAGCUUAAGUGACAAAUGUGCAUCUGACGCAAUGUCUCUCAAUACAGAUCAAGAAUGUUCUUUUCUGUCAGAAAAUGGUGAUAAUACAGUAAUCUGCACUCGAAUUGGCAAAGAUAGUCAGGAUGUAGACUCUAAAAUUAAAUUGGCUGAUGGUUUGAUUGCUAAGCGGGAUGAUGCUGACUCAGACUGUCAGGGUCAAAGUUUGAACUACAGAUUUAGUGCUGCCCAAGCCGGUUCUCUGUUGGCACCUGAGGAGCAAUUCCAUUCAGAAGAACCCUAUUCAGAAGUUGAAGAAAGUCCAAGUAUAGAAGAUAACAUGCCUUUGGACCCUCCCAUGGCUUGUUUGGUAGAGGAUGAGGACAUGCUGAGCGUUAAUAUUCAUGAACCUUAUAGAGACAUUAAAAAGGCUUCUGACUCAAAGAGUGAAGAAAUUCUUGCAAUGACAGAGAGACAAGAAAAUACCAUUGAUAUUUCUUGUUCCAUGUUUUCAAUCCCAGAUGCUAGAGACAAUUUCGUUGGCCAAGAUGAGGUUGAUACAAAUAACACCCUGACCCAUGAUCAACUUUUUGCAAGUGUGAUUGAGGAAGUUGGACUUGAUCAGAGUUCAAAACAGAUUACUGAAAGUGAUUCAAGUUUCAAUUUGUGUCACUCUACUGAGGGUGAUUCUAACUCAAUUGCAAUGAUACCUUGUUCGUCAGAACCCAGUAAACCAUAUUCUCCUUCUUCUUUUGUUCAGAAAGUGGAAAUUGAGGAAACAAAUGAUGUAUCUGAAAGUCUUGAGCCCCAUCUUACAAGUCUUGCAGGUCCCUACGCAGUGCUCCAAAUUGGACACAAUGAGAAAGUGGAUAUGUUUUCAAUAUUAUCUGUGAAUCCCGUGGAAAGCUCUUCCAUGGAUUCUAUACUUGUAGAAGACCUCAUAGCAGCAAAAAGAGACAAUUCUCCAACCUUAGAGUCUACAGAUGAGCAAGAUUCAAAUGAAAAUCACCUUGAAAAGUCCUGGAUUCCUGUUGCCUCAGACUUGCAGUAUGGUCAAAAGACCAGUGAAUUCAAUAGUGAUUUCCUGAUUCAUGAAGACAUUCAAGACUUCCAUGAUGUUAGUCGUUCUAAUCUUGAAUUGCUAGAUGCCUCCUGUUCUAUUAAUUCACCGAGGCCUUCACAUUUAAACUUGACCUCCAUGGCUAGAAGUGAUAUCAGUCUGGAAUCGAGAGCCAGUGAUGAAGGUGAACAGUCCAUUCCAAAUGGGGCUGGUGAAACCUUAUAUGACCCUUCUGAAACGUGUUCAGAUGAAUUUUACUCUCCGCUCUCAACAUUUUGUAGCCCUGCCUUUGCUACUGAUUCUGGCGAAGAUUUCUACUCCCCCUAUCCUGAUGCUCAAUUGAAUGAGUCAGAACCAGAAGAUGAUGAUGGAAUGUGUUCAACACUUGAGGAAAGUGACAUUGAAAUUGAUUGUAACCCUUUCUCUCGAAGUGCAUCCAUGCCCAGUAGUCCGUUGACUAAUAAUAAUUUGGAUCUUGAAAGAGGAGAGUCUGAUAAUGAAGUCAGCAGCUUAGAUAGUACUGGUGUGUACAAUGAAGAUCGUUGGCCAACAUUCAUUGCAUACCCUCAUCCAAUUGAAGAGGGAAUGGGUGCCUUUUCCUCUGAGAACAAAGUCAAAGAAAGUGAUUUGUCCAGAGAUUUAGAUUCUCAAGAUGACUUGAGCACUUUAUAUGCAGAAGAUUCUAGCCAUGAGCAGUCACUUGAGAGUGAAAUGAAUGGUCGAUGCGCUUUAAGCAGGUUAUCAUACUCUACACCAAAUAUGAACUCAGUUGGCACAUAUCAAUCUUCUCCUCUGGAACUUGGAAGACUUUUCACUUUGAAAAACAUCAGAAGUGUUUCUGAGACUGGACUGAAUAAUUUCUUUUGAAAAGUGACUUGCUCUCUACCUGGUUUUUGUUGUUGAUUUCUUUUACUAGUCUACAUGUUAACAGCCUCUGUCUAUUUUUGAGAGGUGGGGGAGUGGUUGAUUUUUACCUUCCUUUUGAAAGUAUGAGUGUUUUAAUGUCAGUGUUAAUUUAAUGGUUUUAAGAUCUUCAUAGCUAUCUGUUCCAACAUAUUGCAUGUGUUAUGUGCUUUGACUGCAUUCUUCUAUGACAUGUUAGUUCUGAUGUUUGAUGACUACGUAGUUUUUAUGAAGUACUGUUUAAUACAAAUAUUUAAAAUGCCCCCUUCCAAGUGGUAGUUUAACUUGAGCUCUCUUUUUUUUUCUUUUUGCGUACUCUGGUAUGAAGGAGAAAGUUUCUUGUUUUAACCAUAGAUUAAUUAUUAGUUCCAUGUAAGUGUCGUCUUAUUCUUCUUAUUUAUUUUUUAUUUGUUAUAGAAAUUUAAAAAAUCAGCACCCCUGUAUUAUUAACCCUGUUAUUUUUCAAAAUUUUUCAUGUUUGUCAUUCAUUGGCUUUUAAUGGUCCCUGAGCCUUUUAAUUUUCUUCAAAAGCCAUUGCCUAACUUAUCAAUGUUCUGUGACAAACUGAUCUAAUAAAAUCUGGUAAUAUAAUGUUUCCUAUCUUAAACGUUAUGAAUAUGUUCCUUUACAUUUUCGAGUUUCAUGUUUUCAUGUUUGCUUCACUCUCUCCUCUCUUUCUCUCUCUCUCUAUGUUUUUUCUUAUAUUCAUAUAAAAAAGAACCAACAAACUGAUUGAACUUGAAAGAAAGAAACUUUUAAUCGUUAUUUCAGUCUUGGGUCAUCAGAUCCUGUCAUGUACAGCACGUAUAAUAAACUGCAUGUUUUGUGCUAUAA